GUGUUGAAUUUCCAACCUGGCGUUCAGGGCCCCAGAUCAACGGGUCAUUGCAUUCAGCAAACGACUCGUUCCCGUUAGCAGCCUUGAACGAAUCCCAAUUUCCACCGCGGAACCAUCGCCUGUGGUACACACUAGAGCGUCAUCGGAAGAGAACGAGGAUGAGGUAGAACCCGACCAGAAUGCUGAUAACGAGAUUGAGGUAGAAAACCACACGGACGCUGAUGAGGACAUGGAUGAUGACGAGUCGGAAAAUGGCAAGGAAGGGGAAAGCCAAAUGGAUGUUGAUAACACGCUUGAGGUAGGAAACGACAGUGCUGAUGAGGGUGAGGAUGAGGCUGUAGGUGGUAGUAGUGGUAGCAACGAGGACGACAGGGGUGAUGUCAUGGCCGAUGUUCCCAGCAGUGGUGACGACGGGGCCGACGGAGAUGACGAUAUGGCUGGCAACGACGACGACGGUAGCCUUUUUGAUGAGUUGGGCGAAAAUGCCGUCGAUGGGUGCCUGAUCUUGAUCGAUCUCAAAUUCUUGUCGUGCGUCCUUCCCAAGGCAGAGAACUAUUUUCUCCUGUCCCCUCUCGUGCAUGCUAAAAACACCAAUCGAGCCACGUCCCGCGCAAUAGCUACCAGUCCUAGUGCUUGCGGAAUCCAUUCCGUCAUCAUGCCAUAAUUAUUAUUGUACAUUAUUGCUUGGCUUCAAU